AUGACCAUUUUGAAUUCUGAAGUUGCAAGAACCGAAUUCUCUGCAUUAAUCUUCAAUAUGAACGUUACCAAACAUUCAGGUUACAAAGAUUUUGUAUGGGCAAUCGAACUAAAUCGACUCGGUUUGGAAUUAGUCGGUUUAUGGCCCAAAACCAACGGAGCAGUUAAGAAUACCUUCGUUUCGGACCUUCGUAUAGGCGUAAUUUUCUUUAUAGUAACUUUCCUAUCCAUUAUUCCUCUUUUAUGUUCCCUUGUGCGAGUUUGGGGUGACAUGAUACUUAUAGUAGACAAUCUCCAAGUUACUUUACCUUUACUAGUCGUUUCACUGAAACUUAUUGUCAUACGAUGGAAACGUACAGCUAUUGUACUGCUCGUAAAGAUGAUGGCAGAAGAUUGGAUGGAAUUAAAGAUAGACGCAGAAAGAAACGUAAUGAUUAGACGAGCACAAACUGCGCGAUUGAUUGUAAUUUGUGGAUUUCUUUUGAUGAUAUUCGUAUUCAUCGUGCUAAUUAUUCUUCCUGCUUUCGGACUACACUUUAGAUAUGUAACAAAUCUUACGGAUCAGGAAAGACUUUUACCCUUUCAGGCGUAUUACUUUUACGAUACGGAUAAGAGUCCGCAAUUUGAGCUCGCGCUUGUGAUUCAAGCUGCGACGAUGUUUUUAGGUGCAACGACUUAUACCUCGGUAGAUGCUUUUCUUGGACUCUUGAUCCUUCAUAUCAGUGGCCAAUUGGAGAACUUCAAACACCGAUUGAUCGAUUUGACAUCGUGCAAGGAUUUUGAUAGCGCUCUGCAAAACAAUGUACAGACUCAUCUGCGGAUAAUAAGGUUUGCCAAUAACAUUGAAGAUACAUUCACCUUAUUGAUGUUGGGACUAGUAUUUUAUUUUGGUAUUGUAUUUUGUCUAUUUGGAUUUCUGUUUGUUACUGUGAUUACCGGGAACGAGAUAGGUCAUAUGUCUCUUACAAGAAUAUGCUUUUUAGUGAUUGGAAUCUUUACAUUAUUGGCGCAUACAUUUCUCUAUUGUGGUGCAGGGGAAAUUAUAGCAGAGCAAUGCGAAGCAGUAUAUAGUACUAUAUGCAAUCUUGAGUGGUAUAAAUUGGAACCGAGGAAAAAGAAAUAUCUUAUUUUAUUAAUGAUACGUGCUAAUGAACCUUUUCGCAUUUCCGCGGGAAAGAUAUUUCCAUUAACAAUGACUACAUUUUGCAGCCUAUUAAAAACAUCGGCUGGCUACAUAUCAUUUUUACUAGCAAAGCGCGAAAUUGAAUUAUGA